GAUCGCAAUGUCAAGUUCAACGAACUAUUAAUUUCGUGCGGAACGAUAAACGUGCCGUUUUUACAACGUCAUAUUCAGCAGAAUUAUCUCGGGAUGAUGCCCAUGUGUAGUUCGUGUGAUAUUUUUAUUGCGCGCUCCGACGCCCGCCACGCUCCCAGCGAAAUGUCAGCGGUCCUCUAAAAUGGCUUACAAUAUCGUCCUGUUGCUUUUUGUCGUCGUUAACUCGGCUGUUGGAGUCAGAAUCAACUUCACGAGUUGCCAAAGCCCCGAGUGGAGUUGUAACAACAACCUCCCAAACGAAAUCGUGUACACCUGCGCUAAUGUACUGAGCAAUGACUUCAUCAUACACCUCAAGGAUUACUACACGGAUCACAUUACGAGUGUAACCGUGCAAAAUUGCAGAGACGUGAGAGUUGUACUCGACUGCCCACUGCUGCAGCGACCUUCUCAACUUCAACGGUUCAAAAUAAAGGAUUGCGACCGAGUCGAAUUCGUGUCUUUGUCUAGCACGUCACUGCUACAAACACCGCCUGAAGUCACUAUAGAAAACGCCAGAGAAGUCGUGUCCUUGCCUAGAAAAAUAUUCAAAUCACCAGUCACUAACACAGAACUGAAAUGCAUCGGCGCUCAUUCGAUGAGAAAAAUACGUAUCGUUAAUAGCAAAAUAAACACAAUCAACACUCGAGCUAUUUACAAUGUCACCGGUAUCAAAAGUAUCGAAUUCGAAAAUGUGACUGUAACCAAUGUGGAAAACCAAGCGAUAGAAGCUAUCAUGGGCAAUGAUAAUACGCUUUUUUCGAUGGUGAACUGUAAAAUAGAGAAUUUGAACUUUAAAGGUAUCGUUGUAAGGACCAAGACAGCGGUUAUAGACAACAAUGUAUUUGAUGAUUUGAUUGCAAAUGUGGUUAAUAUAACAUCAGACUUUCUGCAAAUGACAAAGAACACGAUAAAAGAUAUCUACUCCAAUGCUUUGUUACUGCGAUCUGUAAAUACUGAUAUAACGAAUAACAAUAUCAAUCUACUGAAAAUCAACUCUUUAAUUGGUGUUAAAUGUUUAAGGAAGAGGAUCAGCAAUAAAUACUUCAUCUUCUCUAAAAACAAGAUUCGGACAGUGGAACCCUACUCUCUUGCAUUCGACUAUGCUAGUUGCAAAUCAGCUGGGACCACAGUCAAUGUUAACCACAACAAAAUCGACUGCAAAUGUCGAAACAUAUCGUAUUUGACCUCAUCACCUACGAACGUGGAGCUGAAUAACAUGUUUUUAGAUGUAGUAAAUAACAAUACGUGUAUAUCCGCGCCGUGUUCUUUACCCGUUGAAGUUGUAAAGCUGUUGUUAGAAAGUGACAUGUGUCAACUGAACCUGGACCCUCAAGUGAUGUGUUUGCUCUAUAGCGACAGACAUAAUAAUAACAACGACAUGACAACAGACGAAGAUGUAACAGAACCGGCUCCUACUUUUUAUCUCAUAAGACAAGCGAAUUCGCCAAACGGCGACGCAAGCGCAGCCAUGACGGCCAUAGACAAAGACUACUUGCUCAAGGGCAGCAAUUUGAACAUGACCAACCGAACAGCGAUCAAGGUUGUCUUUGAUUCGUCUAGAGACUUCGUAGAGACUUUAAGAAGCACCGGGACCCAUAAGAGACCAAUUGAAGAGCCUAAAACGCCUCAGACUGUCGAGUAUGUGAGCCGUUGUGUGGGCAACCAAUGCCGGAACAACGUCGUAUAUGACAGGCAGAAAGCGCUGGACUUUUAUAAGUACGUCUACGCUCAGUUAAGACCGCCUAGGCAAAAUGACAAGAAAAAGAUAACUUAAUUUAUAACUUGAAUCAUUAUUUUUUAUUUAAAUAUAUUCGAUUUGUAUCAUAGAUUUAUCGUUAACUGUACCUGCACAAAAAUAUUCAACACCAACAGAAAUAAUAAAAAUUGUUUAUGCGUAUAACUAAAGUCUUUUCAUUUUUAAGUAUGUCAAGUGAUAGCAUUAUGGACCUCAUUAAUAUUUUGUUACUAUAAGAAAUAUUG